AUGGAGAAGAAGAAACUGCCACCAACGCCUCCAACAAAAACACACCCAACAACGUCGCUGGACGCAACAAACUUUGACGACAUCGCUUUCAUUAACCAACUCCUUCCUGAACCGAACACAAAGAACUUCUCUAAGAAGUUCUCUGAAAUGACGGAGACGUACGCAACCACCGAGAGAGAACUCUCGCAACUUGUUCUUCAAUUCUUCGACAAGUCCGUUGCAGUAAAUACGACGAUUAAACAAUCGGCUGAGAGACUCGAAGAGCUCUUGAGCCAAACACAAGACACAAUGAAAAGGUCUGUCGACUCCGAACACACUAUACUGAAAGUGUGUGACGGGAUGAGGAAAAUGGGAUACGCAAAACGGAAUUUGGAGGAUAUCAUUCAAGUCAUUACACACUUAAAUCAACUCUUCAAUAACCUCUCGAAGCUCGAUAACCUUCUCAGAGCAAAGAAAUACGACGACAUCAUUUUGAUCCUUCAAACGACACAUUUGCUCUUGAAAAUGUUUGAGAAGUUUUCGGGAACAGAAAACACGAUUUCGAGUGCGGUUGAGAGAUACGACUUGUUCUCUGGCAAAGUGCUUGACGAGGCGAAACGCGUCAUUGACCAAUUUGAGAAAAAAGGAAUGAGUCAAGACCAAUUGGUACAGUUUGUCACGAUUGUCGACUCGUUGAACGAGAAGCAUAUAUCGGAGUUUGUUGUGUGGAUGUACAACCAUUUACUUGUUGGGUAUUCGAAUGAAUUUCCGUUGACGGGAGAAUUUAGUGGACUUGAGAACAUCGAUAAGAGAUACGUGUGGUUCAAUAAAAGACUGAUGGGAUACGAGGAAAUGUACGGAAAGAUAUUUCCGAAACGGUGGAGAGUCGGCGAAGAGCUUGUGUUGGAGUUUGUAAGCUCCACGAAAGUUGCGUUUGAAAAAUUGCUUGAGCGACUGAUUGUCGAGUCGAAAAAGGCCGGUGGGGACUCGACGAAUUUCACAACGAAAAUUGUGAAAGCGCUUCACGUCACAAUCAUAUUUGAACAACAAUUGUAUAAGAGAGUUUACCACAAGGAAUACAGAAGGAAAAUCGACUUGUUCCAACCUGAAAAGAAGAACAUUCAAGUCAACAACAAUGCUGGCGAUGGCAAAGGUCUUCCACAACAAAAGUUGCCUGUCAAAAAGAGAGCGAGUCUAAAGGGGUCAAAUCCAUUUGACGACGAAAGUAAAAGCGCGUCUGGAAAUCCGUUUUCGGACCACAACUCGCAAACUUCGUGUGACGCCAAAAUCGGAGAAAAGGCGCAACCGACCAAUCCAUUUGUGGGAGAGGCGAGUCCUAAAAUUGGACCGAACCCAUUUGAUGAUGACUUGGGGGAUAAUUCGAAGGAUUUGAAAGACUCAAAAAGCCUGAAAAGUUCUCAGGAAAUCAAGAAAGACAACGUAAAAUUGAUGAAAACGGAUACAACAAAAGACAUAACGACUGGCGGAACUGGGAUGGAGCCUGGUGAUGCAUACGCUGAUGUGGUGAAUCCCUUUGACGAAGACAACAGCGGGAAAAAGGUUGAAAGUACAGACGAAGGUGAUAACACAAAGUUUGUUGUUGGCGCCCUCUCGAGAUGUUUUGAACCGUACAUGUCUGGGUAUGUUGAGUUGGAAGACAAGAACUUGACUACAUUUGUCACAAACUCCUUGAACGAAGAAAACUUUAAAGAAGAAGCUGAGGAUGGCGUGUUGUCGUCGUGUAAAGAUUAUAUUUUCUAUGCGAAGAAGUGUGGAGAACGGUGUAUUCAAAUUACACAAGGCAAACCGUUGUUGGACGUCUGCGCACAAAUUGCGGAACACGCCGAACAGUACGCGAGAGGGAUAUCAGCGAAGUGUAAAGAGAAUGACACGAUUCGGAGGUGCUGUUUGGCCAUCAACACAUCGGACUAUUUGGGAGGACGAUUGGAACAAUUGCUCAAAGGAUAUACCGACAUGGCGACAGUGUCUUGUGGAGAGGAGCUGGAGAUCUUCCAAUUUAAUAUCAUCAAUAGAUGUGUCAAACCAAUAAUUCAACAAUUGGUUGUGGUGUUACUCGAGAGUGUUAAAAGUGUUGUUGGAGAGGUUGUGAAAAUGAAUUGGGACAUAUCGAGCGAGUCAAUUGACGAUGAAGACGAUUAUGUGAUUAAAAUAUGUGAGAUGAUAAAUAACCAAUUUGGCGUGAUAAAGGCGAACAUCUUCCAGAACUACUACAUGAGAAUAUGUCACGUGACUGUGAGCAUGAUCAUUGAUGAGAUGUUUGAAACCAUUUUUAAGUGCAAGAAAAUAUCGGUUGAAGGCGCACAAAAAAUGCAAAUGGGGUAUUCCCAAAUCAAAAGCUCGUUACAGAAAUUGCCGAUGAUUGAAGUGCAGAGUUGUAAAGAGACGGGGAAGGGAGAAGACGUUUUGUCGGAUACAGACUACGCGAUGCCAGUCAAAAAGUCGUUUUUUG